UCCAUCCCAGCCUGCUGUAAGAAGCAGCCCCAACACUGAGAGGGCUUUUCUUCCACCUGGGGUCAGGGGGGAUCCCCUGGCUGCCCCUUUAACCAUGAUUUUUCUGCUGUGGCUCUGCUGGGGAUUCUCUCUCAUCUCUGGGCAGCAGGACUCGGAGCUCCUAGCUAGGUAUCUGGAAGAGAAGUUGAUGGUGAAUUCUAACUUCCCUGACUAUGUGGCGCGCAGAGUCCCAAGACAAAGCCGAUUUCUGCAGAGGCUGGAGACCAGGCCAAGGAUGGCUGAGUUCACAGUGAAAUCCACAAUCAUUUCCCGCUAUGCCUUCACCACCGUUUCCUGCACCAUGGUGAACAGUGGGUCUGAGGCCAAGGAAGGCACCUUUGAGAUGCAGAUCCCAGCUGCAGCCUUUAUCUCCAACUUCACCAUGAUCAUCGGAGACAGGAUUUACCAAGGGGAAGUCACUGCAAAAGAAAAGAGAACCAGCAAUCAGGACAAAGAAAGAGAUAAUAAACAUUCUGGUCCCAUAGGUCGCAGGGAGAAUGGAGUAGAGACUUUCAAAGCCUCUGGCACUAUUCCACGCAAGACCCAGGCCAUCUUCACGCUGCAUUAUGAAGAGCUCUUGCAAAGGCGCCUGGGAAAGUAUGAGUAUACUGUCAGCAUCCGACCCCAGCAGCUCGUGGGCAGGUUACGUGUGGAGGUGAACAUCCUAGAGAACUCGGGCAUCAUUUCUCUGGAGGUGCUGCCGCUCCAAAACAGCAAGCAGAGGGGCAUCAAGAAAGUCAUAGAUAACAUCUCCCUGCCUCCAUCUACCGUGAUCGGCCAGACGAAAACGUUAGCCAAAGUGACCUUCAGUCCCAGUGUUGUUCAACAAACCCAGAUUGCCCGCAAUGGCAUUCUGGGGGAUUUUAUCGUUCGAUAUGAUGUCAACAGGGAACUGAGUGUUGGGGAUGUGCAGAUCCUGAAUGGAUACUUCGUGCAUUACUUCGCCCCCCAGGAUCUCCCACCACUGCCGAAGAACGUUGUGUUCGUGCUGGACAGCAGUGCCUCCAUGGUGGGAGCAAAGCUCAGACAGACCAAAGAUGCUCUCUUCACCAUUCUCAAGGACCUAAGGCCAGAGGACCACUUCAAUAUUAUUGGUUUUUCUGACCGAAUCAAGGUCUGGCAACAGGACCAUAUGGUGCCAGUGACGCCAAACAACAUAAGAGAUGCCAAAAAGUACAUCCUUAACAUAUCACCUACUGGAGGUACUAAUAUUAAUGAGGCUGUCCAGACGAGUGCAAAGCUGCUUAACAAUUACAUUGCUCAGAAUGACAUUGACGCCAGGAGCGUCUCCCUGAUCAUCCUCCUGACAGAUGGGCGGCCCACGGUCGGGGAGACGCAGUCCUAUAAGAUCCUCAGCAACACCAAGGAGGCCAUCCGUGAGAAAUUCUGCCUUUUCACCAUUGGCAUUGGCAACGACGUUGACUACAAGCUUCUGGAGAGGAUGUCCCUGGAGAACUGCGGCAUGAUGCGGCGGAUCCAGGAGGAGGAGGAUGCAGCUGCACCUCUAAAAGGGCUCUAUGACGAGAUAGGGACGCCCCUUCUCUCUGACAUCCGGGUUGAUUAUCCCAAAGACAGCGUGGAGCAGGUCACUCAGAACCUUUUCCCCAACUACUUCAAUGGGUCCGAAAUUGUCAUUGCCGGGAAGCUCAUCGAACACAACUCGGGCAAGCUCCAUGUGGAGGUGACGGCCAGUAAUGCCAACAAGUACAUUCUCCUGAAAACCGAUGUGGCCAUAAACGCCCCAAGCAAGAAUGACAUCAGGGGCUCUCCUGGCAUGGAGGAUGGCAAAGAGGCUCAGAAUUAUGCUGAAAGGGCAUGGAGCUAUCUCACCAUCAAGGAGCUGCUGACUUCCUGGCUGAAGAGUGAUGACAGUGAGGAGAGGGAACACUUGAUGGAUAAAGCCAAGUCAUUGGCCCUGACCUACAACUUCAUCACCCCCUUCACCUCCCUGAAGAUGAAGGAGUUAAAGGCAGACCGGCCUAAGGAGGAUCAUGCCAGUCCUUCUACUGAGGGCACUGGGGAAAGAGUGCAGAGUUUGCAAGGACCCAAAGCACCACCAGGUGUACCCAAGCAACCAGACAAACAAAGAAUUAAAAUAUCCAGAACGUCAGCGGAUGGAGACCCUCACUUUGUCAUUGAUUUCCCCUCCAGCAAGCUAGCUGUCUGCUUCAAUAUUGAUGGACAACCAGGGGACAUUCUCAGACUGGUCUCCGAUCAUAAUGAGUCUGGCGUAACUGUGAACGGGCAGUUAAUUGGAGCCCCGGCUCCUCCCAAUGGCCACAAGAAACAACGGACCUACUUCAGCACCAUCACGAUCCUCAGCAAUAAGCCAGCGCGAUCCUACGUCGAGAUCACACCCACCAAGGUCAUCUUGGAUGAUGGGGAAAGACUCAUUUUGCCAUGUGACCGGAGUGCCACAGUGGGGAGCCGUGGCCUUGAGGUGUCUAUCUUUGCCAAUUCCAAUGUCACCGUGGCAAUACAAGGCACAAUCAGCUUCGUCAUCCUGAUCCACCAGUACAAGAAUCCUGCCCCCUACCAGAGGAAUCACCUGGGAUUCUACAUUUCCAACAGUAAAGGGCUUUCCCCUCAAUCCCAUGGACUGCUAGGUCAGUUCUUGUACCAUGAAGUCAAACUUACCCAGACCCCUCUGGGUGGAAGUCCCCAGCUGGUCAGUCAGAACUCAACUGAACAGCCAAACCCGAGACCAGUGAACAUGCUAAAAGUGAAAGGUAGGCUGGUUCCUGUCAUGUGGAAGCAGAGGAAGAUCUACAACGGCGAACAGGAGGUCGAUUGCUGGUUUGCCAAGAACAAUGCAGACAAACUGAUCGAUGGAGACUAUAAGGAUUAUCUUGCUGCUCAUCCCUUCGACACAGGAACCAGCUUCGGGGUGGCUAACAGACUUUAAGGCCGAUCACUGGUUGCAUCAGCAGACUCAACAACAAUAACUCUGCGGGCGGUUCUUACUUUUUUUAGUGUCAAAGAAACAAAUCUUUUCCCUUUGGAAAUCAGCUUCCCCUCUUCUGUGCUGGCAGGUCAUGGUGCUGAGGGGGAGGUUCGUGUUAAAGUGCUGUCCUGGCGGGCCACGAGGGAGAGGGCGAGGUAUGUCAGAUUUAGCAGUACAGAAAGAUACAGGUGUAAAACUAAAUGCCUCAGUUGAUCUGCGCAAUACCCACCAGUGUCUGGCUAAGGUCAGAAAUAAGUCAUACAACAUAACCUUCCUUUGGUGGGAUAACAUGACAUGAGGUACCUGCUGUGAAAACUACCUGCGGCAGACAUGCUUUUAGGGAAGGCAUCCCACAAAGGAAAGCCCAUGGUCAUGAGAGGGUUAAUGAACAACACAGACCCAGUGAGUCACAUCAGGGCAUUGGUUGCUUGGCUAUCCAGACACCUGUUGAAUGUGGUGUUAAGUGUGACAGUGGGAGCCUCUAGCCACCAGAGAGGCUCACUAGUGAUAUACACCCUCAUGAGGUGUCUUGCUGUUAGAAUAUGGGAACAUCCUAAAAAAAGCAGUGAUGGUGGUGUAACUUCCACCCCGUGUAGCCUCUUGAUUAAAUGUUUCAAUCCAGGGUCUUCUCCUGUCUCAGAAAGGAAGGCGGCUCCAACCCGCACCACAGCUGCUUGAUCAUAGCACUCGGCACCCAUUCUAUUUAGUAGAAGCUUCGUUAAAUUCUCUGGAUAGGAACAGUCAGCCAGGCUCCAAAUCCAUUGACCACAAAACAGUCCCAGCUCUUGUACUGAAAUACAAACCCCACAUAACUGUUACAGUUGGGGCCCACGUAAAAGGGGACGAGUCGUAUGGCGGUAUGUGAGCUUUAGCCGUUCCCGAACCCCAAAUGCUUCUCACCUGACACUCCUCGUCGCUGCUUCCGUGCAACGAAGGUGAUUGGUGACACGAAGUUGUAAAAUGGGCCAUUAAACAGAUACGCACGCUGCAGGUGUGUGAAAGCUGAGAGGCCACUCAAGAGGAUUUUGCCAACCCAAAAUGUAGAGACUGAUCUAUUUUAAAGCGAGACAUCAUUAAAUAAUGCUGUGCAUCAACCUCCAGGGAGAGCCCUUAUUAGAAAAGUCUGCUAGAGAGGACAUCAGCAGACAUGAAGACAUAUGUGCACGGGAGGCUAGAACUGAACUAAAGUUUAUUGUAUCUCCCCAGGGGUCAAAGGGAAGGGGUGAAAGCACCUUAAGCAGCCAAAUGAUAUCUAGGUGUUAGCAGAGCACUGAAGAACUGCUUUGGCCUAGAGGAAAUAGACUAACUCAGAACUGAUAUUUGUAUAUUUAAACAUUAUAAUCACAGCUGGAGUCUAGGACGUUUCACCCACAGCAUCCUUGUCCAUGUAGAAACCACCACUCCCUAACGCUGUAUUGGGAAGCAGCAUUGAGCUAGCAGCAUUGCUCAGUAUAGAUCUGUCAGUCAGGGAUGUGAUGAGGGGUGAUCCCUGACUGAUGUGGUUGGGGCGACAGAAGCCUAUAGCAUAGCCAGAGCUAUACCAGCAAAACUGUGCAUUUACUAGAGUAGUUUGUUUCACUCCUGGUGGGUGGCUUUACUACACUGGUCCUAUUGGGUUCUGGGAAUUGGGCGGGCAUGAGCCCACCCACUGCUAAAGGCCAUUCCUCCAGCCUUUGGGGAAGAUGCACAAGGUCCAGGAACUCAAAUUAUUACAGGGGACAACCAAAAAUGUAACAGGGGCAGGUGCGAAGGUCAAAGGGUCAAACAAAGGUCAAAGGGGAUACCGAGCAGAGGACAGCGCCCACUGCUCCUCAAAGGUGUCGGGAUCCAGAGGAAGCCGCCCAGAGGAACUUUGCCCAGAUACAUGAGCAAAGGCAGGAUCAGAAAUGGGCCCUACCAUCUCAGGAAACCCCUCAGCCCUUGCCCCGGUCUUAUACUUUGGUCAUCACCAGGAGGUGGUUGACGAGGAGGUUCCACGACUCUCUGGAUCCACGGAUAGGGUGUGAGUAUAUGAAAAGGUGAGGGGAAAAGUGCAGCCUGGAAGGUAGAAGGAUGGUCAGGAGGAGCCGGAACAGGGGCUGCAACCCAGCGCACUCCAAGUCUAUGUGCGCCAGGGUCUCCCUCACACCGCAAAAGAGACGGGUGACAGGGACGGGGGUGAACCAUGCCAAGUACAUGCCUGUGCUCAGUAUAGCUGUGUCCACACCAUAGUACUUGGCCAGCAUAGUAACCUGGGAGUCCCAUAAAGCCCUAGUGUAGAUAUGUUUUGAGGCUACCGCACUGGGCACGGCGCUCUAAGGAAACAAUCCUCUCAAAAGAGCAAUUAGCAGACACUGCGGAAGCGUCUUGGGUGCUGCCUUUCUCCUAAGCAGUAAGCACAGUGUUGGUUAGCAGGCCAUGGCUAAACCAGGCUAAGCUUAGCCAGCACCAGUUUAGCACCCAUGAACAGGAAGUGCUACGGGGAGGGGAAUCUUGCAGAGGAUGGGAAAUGGUGCCAGUUAAACUGGCUGCUUACCCUGAAAACGUAUGGUGACAAACCACGGUUGACUGACUCCUGCACUGACUUGACUAUUUUAAUUGCAGCAAGCGACUUGGAUGUUGAUCACGUAAGAAACAUUGCUGAACUCAUCAGACACCUUUGGACUGUGGUUAUUGCCACGGGAUUUCCCUGGGUUUGCACUCUUGAGCUCCCCGCACCCAUAUUUCAGCUCUUUAGAGGCAGAGUUUGUGUUUUCUACAUGGUGCUGACUUGUUCAAACACCCGUUCCCUUUGAGGGCAGCUUAGCUAGGGCAGGUGUAGGGUUUUAUUCCAUCAUACACACCCUUCUGCUCCCUUUCUGUACAUAAAUCUGUACUGCUAAAGCUUCGAGUGCAUCACACGUUUCCCCCACCCCAUUAUGGACAUAUUAUAUCAGUUGACACCAAAAGGAUGAACUCUUAACCCCAUAGCUAUAGGGAGCACUUACAACAGCACAGUUGAGUUUUGGUCAGUGCGGAUCCAGUUAUCAUGUUUCACAAUAAAUAUAUGUUACAGUGA